AUGAAUAAAAAUAUAUAUAGUUUAGUUACUGUUGCUUCCUAUAUCCUUUUGAUUGUAACAAUACAAUGUUUUACUAAUAAUGAAUAUUUAAAUAAAUAUUUCAAGAAAAAUAAGAACGUACAUGAUGAAUAUGAAAUAAACAGCAUAGAUAUAAAUAAUAAUGAAAAACUUAGAUAUAGAAGUCUUUCAGAACAUAAUAUAGAAGAUAAUUACGCUUUAGUUCCUACUAGGAUUCGAAAACCUUUAAAUAAUAAAAGGUCUAAAGGAUUUAAUUGUUUUAAUAUAUUUAAAAGAGAUAAAAAAACUAAUAAAUCAUUAAAUAAUAAUGAAUCUUUUCUUAACGAGGUAUUUCGAGUGGGGAAUAAUCUGGAUGGAUUUCUUGCAAAAAAUCCAGAAAAUUUAAAGCUUUUAUCACAAUUAAUAGAAAAACUCGAAAAACAACCUUCAAACAACAACGAAUCUUUUCUUAAGGAAGCAUUAUUGGUGGGAAAUAAUAAGGAUGGUUUUUUAAAAAAUGAUCCAGAAACCAUAAACAUUUUAUCACAAUUAAAAGAAAGAUUGGAUAAUCAUCCUUCAAGUAAAAAUGAAUCUUUUCUUAAGGAAUUAUUGAUGGUAGGAAAUAAUAUACAUGACUUUCUUGCAAAUGAUCCAGAAUCUGUAAAUAUUUUAUCAAAAUUAAUAGAAAAAUCCGAAAAGCAAGUUUCAAAUAACAACGAAUCUUUUCUUAAGGAAGCAUUAUUGGUAGGAAAUAAUAAGGAUGGUUUUUUUAAAAAUGAUCCAGAAACCAUAAAGCUUUUAUCACAAUUAAAAGAAAGAUUGGGUAAUCAUCCUUCAAAUAAAAAUGAAUCUCUUCUUAAGGAAUUAUUGAUGAUGGGAAAUAACCUAGAUGGGUUUCUUGCAAAAGAUCCAGAAUCUGUAAAGAUUUUAUCACAAUUAUUAGAAAAACUCGAAAAACAACCCUCAAAUAACAAUGAAUCUUCUCUUAAGGAAAUAUUGCUGAUGGAAAAUAAGAUGCAUGCCUUUUUUGAAAAUGACCCAAAAGCUUUAGAGCUUUUAUCACAAUUAAAAGAAAGAUUGGGUAAUCAUCCUUCAAGUAAAAAUGAAUCUCUUCUUAAGGAAUUAUUGAUGUUGGGAAAUAAUACGCAUGACUUUCUUGCAAAUGAUCCAGAAUCUGUAAAGAUUUUAUCACAAUUAAUAGAAAAAUCUGAAAAACAAGUUUCAAAUAACAAUGAAUCUUUUCUUAAGGAAGCAUUAUUGGUGGGAAAUAAUAAGGAUGGUUUUUUUAAAAAUGAUCCAGAAACCAUAAAGCUUUUAUCACAAUUAAAAGAAAGAGCGGGUAAUCAUCCUUCAAAAUUUAAACAAAGCGAGUAA